UAACCGCGGCUUUUAGUAUCGGUAUAACGCGCGAAUGCUAAGAAUCCCGAAAUAUACCUUGUCGAGACAAUUGUUGCAAAACUCUACGACCGACAAUCGAUCGAUUUUAAAACGAGAAAAACUUUUUAUACGAUUGAUAUGUUGUUAAUGCUGUUUGUUAAAAUGAACAUUUUUAGUGUUUUUAGAUAAAAUUUUAAUUGCGGGUUUGUAAAGUGUAAAAUAUAAUUGUGCUUAUUCGAAAUCCAGAGAAAACAUCUUAUAUACUAAUAACGUCAUUGCAUGUCUGAUCAUAACAUAGAAAGCAGCUUUCGCGUUGGAAGAAAAAAUCAUGGAAUAAAAAUACAUCACGCUUAGCAAUAAAAACAGGUGUUUUCACCUACAACAUUUAACCUCAUUGCCAAGACUUUAUAGUGCUACGAAGCGUCACAUCGAUCAAAAUGCCAUACUAUUCUGAACUCGGAAUUUAUACGCCGAGUAGUAGUUAUACAUCUCCGUUACUACUAAAAGGUCCGUACUCGGCUCACUCGUCUAUCUUAGCGUCGAAUAUAUUGCCACCAUCUUCGAAACAAUUUAAUCGUGCUAACUUUAGAAGUUUCAAGCCCCAUUUGACAACUAUUAGUGAAUCUAGUCUUGGUGCUCCUAUAAGACGAUUAAAUUCUCCGAAAGUGCUUUAUCACACUUCGCCUAAAGUGAGAACGCCUAGACCUGUUAAAAUCAGUACAGCUGACAUAGAGCUCUCUUUAAAUAAAUAUAAGCAGCAGCCAAAGCAUCAACCUAGUAAUACUGACAAUGUACGGCAAAAAGAGUUCUCUGCUGUAAUAGAAAAAGAUGCAAAGCCAAACACCAAUAUUCGAAGAGAUCGAGCUACUAUAAGAUUACAAACAAUUCAUAAAGAUACACUGGAAAAGGAAAUCGGUCAAAUAAAAAGUUGGCGUGAUAAUUUUGAACCAGAAGAACUUGCAACAGAAGCUAAACGCCGAAAAAAGACUCCAGGAGAACUUCUAAAAGAGAAAUUUCUUAUUCGAAGCAAAAGUAAAGAAAAUAUUACACACUUGGAUGCUCCAAAAAUCACUCGAAAAACUUCAAUUAAAAAAAGUCCAAGCUUUAAAGAUAUCUGUGAUGAAAUAACGUCUGAUCAAGCUAUUGAAGAUCUGAAUCCAGGUCAGCCAAUAGAAAUAAGGCGACGUCAAAGUAGGCAAUUAUCCCAUGAUGAUCUCCUGAAAGAAAUAAAACGCAGCUCAUCAACGCUUAGUGUUGAAGAGGUUCAAAUUUUAGAUGCAUUACUGCAAGCAGAGAAUGAAGCUGGUUUAUAUGAUGCACCUCCGGUAAUUGACGAGAAACCAAAAGUAAAGAAAAAGAAAGCCACUAAGAAAAAAACUGCUGAAAUUUUGGAACUAAAUAAUAAUGCAAUUUAUUUAAAUGAUGCUCCUACGUCAAAAUUAAGAAAAGCCAGUUCAUUAAAGAAUAUGAUAAAAGACAUUUCUCAAGUAGAAAUUGAAAUGAUUCCAAUUAAGCAAAAACCAGUCAUAACAAGUUCUAUUGGUGCUAUUAAAGAAAAACCUUGCAAUAAUCUAAAAGCUGUUGUGGGGGAUUUAGAAAUUCAGGAGAGUCCAAAGCCAGAAAAAAAAGAAAAAAAGUUUAGGUUUAAUGUCACAGUGGAAGAAUUUCCUAUCGAAAAAAAAAUCAACGCUCCUAAGUAUAUAUUGAAGAAGGAUAAUUAUAGAAUUACACAUGUUCCUUUGCCGAAAUCUUCAGUUGUAACAAGUAUUCUUAAAAAACGGGAAGAAAGUCAAUUAGGAAAAAUAGAAGGUGAUGGCAAAGUCAAACAAAAAAAACUGUUAAAAAGUUUUUCAGAUGUAAAAGUUCAAAGUAAACCGAAGUUAUUGCAAAAAAGUGAUAGUGUCGAUAGCGUACAUAAUUUUACCGUGACAGUAGAAAAAUCGAACCCAGCUGACAUAAACAAGGAUAAUCUUAGUAGCCCGCCUGGUAGUGGAAAACUAAAAAUAAUGUCUAUAGAAAAAACUUUAAAAGAAACAAAUAUUUCUAAGAUUAAACAAGAAUCACAGCCGAAAACCGAUCCGAAGCCAGCAAAUAUUGUUUUAAAAAAUGUUAAGCAGGAUCUUAAGUCAGAUACAUUUUUACAAAAAUCUGAUUUAAAUGUAGUUACUAUUCAGAACAAAAAUUCAAAACCAAAAUACGCUAAUGCCCAAAAAGAAAAUAUCCAUUUAAUCAUGAAUGCUUCGCCAAAACUGUACAAGGCACACGUGAGUAAUGUCAGUGCACCUUUACCUCAAAUCGCCAUAAAAGGCAUUAUAGGUAAACGUACAAUAACAAAAGUAAAUGCAGAAAUUGGACCAUUAUUAAAAGCUCAAGUGACACCCAUUAAUAAUAUUAUCACAGCUCAAAAGGCUAUAUUAAAUACUUUAAUAGAAGAUUCAAAUAAAUAUAGUUCAGUUGAAAGAAAUAAAACGGCAGUUCCUAUCAAUGAUAUUAAAGCACAUCAAGACAGUAUUAAAGGUAAAGAACUAAAACAAGCUAGAACUACGGAAAUAUUACAGAAAAUUGUAAAUGAAGUAACACAUGACCAUGAAGCAACACCUAAAAAUGAUAUAUUAAAAAAUCAAAAGAAAACAAAGGCAAGCCCGGCAGAAAGUAAAGAUUUAUUAGAAAACCAAAAUGGAAAAACCAGUUUCUGGGAUAGUAUAGAAACUGAAAAAUAUGAGCCGCCAAAACCUGGAAAACUUAAGCUGGAAAUUAAGGAUCCUAAAACGCUCCUUAAAGAAAUUCAAGAAGUUCGUAAGGAGGAAGAAACUAAAAGUAUUCCAGAAACUCCCGAAGAAAAAGAGAAACGUAUCAUUUCAAAACGCUCUUUAAUUCAAAAAGCAAACAAAAGUGAUCCGGAUUUGCGAGUGUUUGAACCUCCUACUCCUCCAAAUCCUGUAAACGUUCCCAGUCCUGAACCUUCUUUCGUUCCAUUACAGUCUAACAGAUUAUCCCAGUGGAUGCAUCCCUGGAAAAAACCACAGCAAAUGGAAGAAUGUCCGGUAGAAAUAUUCGCGAAGCCAAAGUUCAUUCGAGCACGACAUAUUCCGCGAAGAUGGAGACAGGAUGGUGAUAUACAAUGUGAUAGUGAGGAUAGUACUACCAGUGAGGAAGAAAGUUCAGAAGAGAGUGGCGAGGAAGAGAGUGAUGAUGAAGAAUGUGAUAUUGUUGGUGCACAGAAUAUAGUUGGUGCUAGUACGUCAAGUACGGAUUCAGGAUUUGAUUCCGGACGAGUGAAAAAUAAAGGUUCAAUCGACAGCCGGGAUUCCCCAGGUAACACAUUAAACCCCGCCUUAAAUCCGGCAUUUGCCUUAGACUUCAACGACCUUCCAGAAGAAGUAAGCCAAAGUAGUACCUAUCAGGGAUUCCAAAAAAGUGGAAGGAUAACUCCACCGGCCACAACCAUACCUCGAUUUAAAAAAUAUUGCGUUGACGACUUUAACUUUUUGAAAGUUCUAGGAAAAGGUAGUUUUGGCAAAGUACUUUUGGCGGAACUUAAGGGUACCGAAUACUAUUACGCUAUUAAAUGUUUAAAAAAAGAUGUAGUACUGGAAGAUGAUGACGUAGAGUGUACGUUAAUAGAAAGAAAAGUACUAGCACUUGGAACGAAGCAUCCUUAUUUAUGUCAUUUAUUAUGUACCUUCCAGACUGAGUCACACUUAUUCUUUGUAAUGGAGUACCUGAAUGGUGGAGAUCUUAUGUUCCAUAUUCAAGCGGAAAGGAGAUUUUCUGAAGCUAGAGCCAGAUUUUAUGGAGCAGAAAUUGUUUCGGGCCUGAAAUUUUUACAUAACAAAGGAAUCGUAUAUAGAGACUUGAAGUUGGAUAAUAUCCUUUUGGAUUUUGAUGGCCACGUAAGAAUAGCUGACUUUGGAAUGUGCAAACUACAAAUUUUCUUGGAUAGGAUGGCGGAUACUUUUUGUGGUACACCCGACUACAUGGCUCCAGAGAUUAUAAAGGGUCAACAUUAUAAUCAGUGCGUGGACUGGUGGUCAUUUGGAGUUCUAUUAUAUGAAAUGCUACUAGGACAAUCGCCGUUUAGUGGUAGCGAUGAAGAUGAAUUGUUUUGGUCUAUUUGUAAUGAAAAACCAGUUAUUCCACGAUUCUUAAGUUCAGAAGCUGGUUCUGUUCUAUUACAGUUUUUAGAGAAAGAUGCAAACAAAAGACUUGGGAAUCGAUUCUCACCUCACGGAGAUAUACAAGAUCAUGCUUUCUUCCAACUUAUUGACUGGCAAGCCCUAGAAGCCAGACGCUUGGAGCCGCCUUUUAAACCUUACUUGCAACAUCCAUUGGAUACUCAAUACUUUGAUAAAACCUUCACGGUAGAACGGGCAAAGCUAACUCCAAUAGAAUCGGGAAUCCUUCAAUCCAUGGACCAAACGCAAUUUCAAGGAUUCAGUUACACCAAUCCAAACGCCACCGACAAAUGAUAUUUUGAAUAAGAUUAUGGUGAUUAUUGAAUUUUGAGUGAGAAUCUUGUACCUUAAAAUAUAGGAUAUACCUCUCCUAUAUACAUUUUUUCCGGUUUUGUUAAAAAUAGCAUAUAAUGCUAAUAUAGAGAAGACUACGAAAAGAUUUAUUAAUGUUUUUAAUAUGUAAAUGUUGAUGUCUACCUCAUGUGUCGUAGGUUUACUUUAGAAAACGUACUUAAAAAAAUAUUUAAACUAAAAUUAAUAAUGCAAUAGGUAUUUAGUCUUAAUUUGAGUUUGGAUAUGUAAAAGAUUUUGUAGUGAGGUAGUCUUAAUUUGUUUGCUAUUUAGAUGUGUAUAAAAAUUUGACGAUUAUAUUUUAAUAAAUAUUAUAAUGCUCU